AUGAAUGCUGUUACUGAUGUUUUGGGUGAGGAGGGAAGAAUGGUUGGGGAUGCGUGUGUGAAAGUAAAGAUUAUUGGAGAGCCCGAAGACUACGCGCGAAAAAAAUAUACAUGGAAUGAUGCUGUGAAGCGUUUGGAGAGAUGUUAUGCAGGAGGGAGUCCUGCAAAUUUUGUCAGUGAUCUUCUACUUCCCCGUGAAUAUGAUGACAAGGGCAAUGUAAAUAGAGAGAAAACUUAUAAUAUUUUAGAUAUCCACAAUGCUCUUGAGAACUUUGAUGAAAAGCCCUUUGUUGAAAAGUAUCCCAGACCAGGAACUGGACGUGAUGAAUUGGAAAAGUUGAUUGACAAACGAAGAGCAGACGUCGAAAAAGAGUACGCGGAAGCUAUGGCAGACCCGAAUUCACGACGUGAGUAUUCCUGGCUUGUUGCUCAGCGACGUGUGCGAGAUUGUUUUGCUGGGAACUUUGCAGGUGAUAGCCCACCCUUUGUUUUCAAUUCAACAUACAAGAAAAAUGUUACUUAUAACAUUUUUGACAUUUUUAAGGCAGUUGUUUUCCUUAAGGAAAGUGACAUUAGUCCGUUGAGCCGUAAAGACAUUCCUUUACCUUCAGGACCAGGAUCUGAUGAGCUGAAAAUGUCAAUUCAAAAAAACAACUUUGACCUGGAAGAAGAGAAAAAGGAAGCACAAACGAGAAUAAAACAGUAUUCAAAAAAUGAGGCAGUGAAGAGAGUCAAAGAUUGCUUUCCACUUAAUCACACCUAUCUGGAUGAAAAGGUAGCAUUAUUCAAAAAUAGUGGUAAUGGGGAGACUUAUGAUAUUUUUCAUAUUUACAAGGAAGUAGAACGACUUAAACCAUAUCGAUGUCUUCAACGUAACGACGGUAUGUGCAAAAGUGUUACCAAAGAGUAUGAGGCUGCCUUAAAAGAGCUUCGUAGAUACCCUCAGGAUGAGGCAUGGCGUCGUGUGAGGGAUUGCCUAAAUCCAGGCUACUAUUGGUUGGACACCGACAUAUUUCCUGAUAAGAUUAAGGAUGAAAGGGUGCGAAAAACUGAACAAACCUAUGACAUCUCUGAUAUUAAAAAUUCAAUUGAGUACUUUGAUAAAAGAAAGUUCCUUGAUAAGUACCUACCAGAAAAUAACAAAUACCCAGAGGCAAAAGAAAGGAAUGAAAAAGUGAAGGAAGAGAGGGAAAAAAUUAGAGAAGAGUAUGUGAAAGCUACAGAAAAAGGUGAAAUCAGCCAUGGCUCUGGAUUUAUCAUAAAUGAUCACUAUGUUAUUACUAAUAAGCAUGUAAUUGAUGAUGCAGAUGGUAAAGAGAUUGUUAUUUCUAAUGCUUCGAUUAGUGAGCUCCCCUGUGAGGUUGUUUAUACCGAUGCUGGAAAAGAUUUAACGUUGCUCUAUUGCCAAGAGCUUGACAUCAAGCAAAAUCGAGUCGUGCCAUUGCACUUGUCAAAUCAGCCGUUAGUACCUGGCAUGCAAGUAUUUUCUUUUGGAUAUCCCAUGAGCCACACUGGAGAAACAGCUCUCUUUAUUACUGGUCAUGUUUCUGGUUUUACAAAACCAUAUGCAGAUAACCGUCCUUCAUUGGCAGUGCUAAAUUUGUCACUAAACUCAGGUAAUUCUGGAGGCCCAAUCCUCCACUGGAUUGCGAAUCAGCUGAAAGUUGUUGGUGUUGCAACACAGAAACACUUCAAAGAGAUUCUGACAUUUGAAGAGAGGGAUAAAAUUGAAAAAAUCCGGAAAUCCAUGGAAACAAAUGAUAUUUCCAAUAUUUCAGAAGAAAACAUUACACACUUUAGCCGCCUCUCACUGGGGGGCGAGUUGGACAUUGAACCUGAUCCUCUCCCCUCACUUUGGAGCAAGUUAGACACUGAACAUGAUCCUCGCCAGAUGCCAAUGAAUUUACUUACAUUAAAACUCUAUGAUGCUCUGGAAACUCACUCACAGUUCAAUUUAAGUAAUGCACUACCAGGGGAUAAUGUGAUUAAAUUCAUAGAAGAAGCUACCAAGAAAUGUAACAGAGAGCAUAAAGAUGAGUUAGCUGAGGUGGUGAAGAUGGCUUCAGAUCACAAUAUUUUACCUUCUGGUCAACACUCUGCUUCAGACUGUUGUAUUCAAUAA